AUGAGAGGCUCUCCGCUGACACCGGGGGCUGAAGACCGAAGCACCAACACACCGACUGACCGGGGCCGCCUGAGUUUCAUCGACUUACUUUGCCGGAAGAUGAUGGCUCAGUGCUGGACGAUUUGGACCGGGAUCCUCGUCCUCCUGACUGCCUGUCUUCCAGUUGAUGUCCAGUCUUUGAGCCACCUGAGCUUCAAUUUAUGCAGGUGGUGUGAGGUAUCCACGCCGGUGUGCGAAGGCAACAUAUGCUCCAGCAACUGCAACUUGAGCUCUUUCUGUAACACCACUGAAGAGAUCUGCAUGGCCAUAUGGAGGAAGGCAAACAACACAAUGACAGUGUACACAAUGUGUCACCACCCAAAUCUGCCACUGGAUGGUAUCAGUCCUGACCUGCUGCAGACCUUCACUUCCAGGGAGUGUCGUAUGGUCCCACAGGCUGCAAAUGACUCCAUGAUGGUCUGUGGAUGCCAGGGUGAACAUGAAUGUAACGACAAACUUGUCUUCGACAAGGGAGCAAAUGGAUUCUUACCGCUCCAAAGUAAGGAUGUGAUCCCUGUGGUAGUGGUUAGUUUGGUGCCCCCUAUUCUGGUGGCCAUAGUUGCCAUUGCUGCCUUCUAUUUCUACCGCAUACGUCGUCCUGACAAACCAGCUCCAUCAGUAUGCCCUGACUGGCCCACUAAACGCACCCCUGAACUUUACCAGGCCUUGGAUCUACCAUGUGGGGGCCUGGGUGCUCAGGGAGAAGGUGGAGGAGGAGGUGUGACUGAUGCUGAACAGGAUGAGUCGAACACCAAGGUUCAACCUCUUAACAGUGACACUAUCAGCGGUAUGACCAGUUGGCAGGGCCAGCCAGCUGAACUGCUACCUAUCAAACUGGAUGUGCUGGUGGGGAAGGGGCGCUUUGCCGAAGUGUGGAGGGGAUGGCUGCUCCAGGGCGAGAAAGGUGGAGUUAAUAGCUAUGAAACUGUGGCGGUGAAGGUGUUUCCGGAUGUGGAGUACGCCUCAUGGAGAAAUGAAUGCUCCAUCUUUGCUGACCCCGAGCUACAGCACGAUAAUGUGAUUCAGUUCCUAGCAGCUGAAGAAAGGGGCCUGUCGGGCCACACCCCACACACCUACUGGCUGGUUUUAGCCUAUCACAGCCUAGGAAAUCUGCAGGACUUCCUCACAGCUAACAUAUUGAGUUGGGAAGAACUUGUUGCCAUGGCAGGCAGCAUUGCUAAAGGAUUAGCUCACCUUCAUAGUGACACAACACCCAGUGGGCUACCAAAGGUACCAGUGGCCCAUCGGGACCUCAAGAGCAGUAACAUCCUGGUAAAGAGCAGGAAAGAGUGCGCACUGUGUGACUUUGGUCUGGCUUUAAGACUGGACCUGUCCCUUACAGUUGAUGACUAUGCCAACAGUGGACAGGUGGGGACAGCUCGCUACAUGGCUCCUGAGGUCCUUGAGUCCAGGGUGAACCUGGAGGAUCUCGAGGCCUUUAAACAGAUGGAUGUUUAUUCCAUGGCUCUAGUCUUGUGGGAGAUGGCCUCUCGAUGCAAUGCAAUUGGAGAGGUGAAGAGCUAUGAGCCAGCAUUUGGCUCCAAGGUUUGUGAGCAGCCCUGUGUGGAUAGCAUGAGAGAUCUGGUGUUGAGAGACCGAGGACGUCCGGACAUCCCACUAGCGUGGACGCAGCACCAGGGGAUGAACAUCUUCUGUUCCACCAUCACUGAGUGCUGGGAUCACGACCCCGAGGCCAGGCUCACGGCUCACUGCGUGGUCGAGCGCUUCAGCGCCCUGGAGCAGGCGGAAGAUGACGACGGGGUGGCAGACGAAGAAGACGAGGAAGGACGAAAGACCAGAGGAGACAGAAAUGAACCAAAGACUGACUGUGCCUUAAACGACAGACCUACUUCUUCGCAAACUUUUGCUGAGGAUGUGACACCCGAAUCAGUCAUAGAUCUGCUGGCAGUUGCUGAUCGCUGAACAGUUUGAAAAAGAUUUGAUUUGUUGGAGCUGGUCUCCAUUUUGUCACGGUAUUAUUCUUUUAUACUGGCUGUGACAUGUGACUUAUCAUUGCUAUACUAUAACCUACUACUGUAGGUCAUGUGACUAUAACCUACAUUUAUGAAUAAACAGGAGAGAAAAAUC